GUCUUUGUCCCGGAAGUCCCUCCCGCCCUGAACGAUUCGAGAUACGACGAGUCGGAUUGGCUGGAUCUGCGGUGUCUUCCGGACGACUCGUACCCGCGCCCAAAAUUGCAGGACUGCACUGUCCGUCCGGGGUCGGUUGAGGAGAUGCCCAGAGAGACCGCAUGCGUUUACUACGAAAACGCUGGGAAUCACAGGAUGGAACUCGAGCCUGGCAAGGUCUCCGUAGGGGGAUCCAACUACAUCGUGCCGCAUCCCGAACUCGACUUAUCUCCUCUCUCCGACAAAUUUCGCCAAGUCCAGGCCAGUCUUGCUGGGGAUACCCAAUCUACGGAGCUUCCCGAAGACCCGCUGUACUUUUUCCAACCCCCAUCUGAUUCGGCAUCUAUCUAUGCUCCUGCUGAAAUCGAUCCAUGCAAUGCUGCCCAGGCAUAUGCUUAUUAUGAUUUCUCAAGUCAGCUACUGCCUUCGCUUUUACCUCGUGAAUGUUGAAAAUAUUUGAACUUCC